UGCUCUUCUGGUGUCUGUUGGACAUUGUGCCAAUUAAGAAUGAAAAGGGGGACGUGGUGCUCUUUCUGGCUUCGUUCAAGAACAUCACUGACGUUAAAGCCAAAAGCAUCCAAGAGGACAAGAAAGAAGAGCGACGGCGUGGCAGGAUCAGAACAAGCUCUCCGUUCAGCUCAGCUCGAAUGCGGAGCAGCGCCGUGCUCUACCACGUCUCGGGGCACCUCCACAGCAGAAAGAAGAGCAAAAUUAAGCUCAAUAAGAAUGUGUUUGGCGACCCUCCUGCCCUUCCAGAGUACAAGGUAGCAGAUGCCAAAAAGUCCAAAUUCAUCCUGCUGCAUUAUAGCACAUGCAAGGCCGGCUGGGACUGGCUGAUCCUGCUCGCCACUUUCUACGUGGCCGUGACUGUGCCGUACAACGUCUGCUUCAUCGGCGACGACGACGACCUCACCCGCAGCACGACCGUCAGUGACAUCGCCGUGGAGAUUCUCUUCAUCUUGGAUAUUGUCUUCAAUUUCCGCACCACCUACGUCAGCAAGUCAGGCCAAGUGAUCUUUGACGCUCGGCAGAUUUGCUUUCACUACCUGACCACCUGGUUCAUCAUUGACCUGGUGGCCGCCUUGCCCUUUGACCUGCUCUAUGCCUUCAAAGUCAGCGUGGUGUCUGUGGUGCACUUGUUAAAAACGGUGCGCCUGCUGCGUUUGCUUCGCCUCCUCCAGAAAAUGGACCGCUACUCGCAGCACAGCACCGUGGUGCUGACCCUGCUCAUGUCCAUGUUCGCCCUGCUGGCCCAUUGGAUGGCCUGCAUCUGGUACAUCAUCGGGAAAAUGGAAAUGGAGGCCAACUCCUACAACUGGGAUAUCGGGUGGCUCCACGAGCUGGCAAAGCGUCUCGAGUCGCCGUACUACCCCAUCGGAAGCGCCAACACCACCGCCACCACCAGCGGGCCCGCCAUCCGCAGCGUUUACGUCGCCUCUCUGUAUUUCACCCUCAGCAGCCUCACCAGCGUGGGCUUCGGCAACGUGUCGGCCAACACGGACGUGGAGAAAAUCUUUUCCAUUUGCGUCAUGCUCAUAGGAGCGCUGAUGCACGCAUUGGUCUUUGGCAAUGUGACAGCCAUAAUCCAGAGGAUGUACUCCCGCUGGUCGCAGUAUCACACCAGGACCAAAGACCUCAAGGACUUUAUACGAGUGCAUCAUCUGCCGCACGGCCUGAAGCAGCGAAUGCUGGAGUAUUUUCAGACAACCUGGUCAGUCAACAACGGCAUCGACUGUAAUGAGCUGCUGAAGGACUUCCCGGAUGAGCUCCGCUCCGACAUCACCAUGCACCUCAACAAAGAGAUCCUGGAAUUGUCACUCUUCGCCUCAGCCAGCCGGGGCUGCCUGCGCUCUCUGUCGCUGCACAUCAAGACCACCUUCUGUGCUCCCGGAGAGUAUCUCCUCCGGGAGGGCGACGCCCUGCAGGCCAUCUUCUUCGUGUGCUCCGGUAGCAUGGAGGUCCUGAAGGAUGGCAUGGUGUUGGCAAUUCUCGGUAAAGGAGAUCUGAUUGGAGCCAACCUCUCCUUAGACGACCGAGUGAUCAAAACCAACGCGGAUGUGAAAGCGCUGACCUACUGCGACCUGCAGUGUAUUAACUUGAAGGGUCUGUACGAGGUGCUGGAUCUCUACCCGGAGUACUCGCAUCAUUUUGUGCAGGACAUCCAGCAGGAUCUCACCUACAACCUGAGGGAGGGACAAGAGUCACAUGCACAUUUCCCCUCUUUGGCUGUCUUCCAGGUGAAGGCUCGACUCUCCACAGCAGCUCUUGAUCCUCAGCCAGGUGUGAAAAGGAAUGGGCGACUUGUUCAGGGUUGUGCGCCUCUCGCCGAGGCCCGGGGGGCACAUGACAGGGACAUGAGGGAAGAUGAUGAUUGUUUGUCAUCGGAGCAGAACAGAGCGGUGACCCUCAGGGGCGCCGCUGGGUCGACUCCAAUGGGCCAAGCCAAUCGUGGAAGCGCAGAACGGAGCUCUGAAAAGUCUCGCGGGAUGAGCCCGGGUAUUACACCGGUCACUCUAAGCCCUUCCGACCUGAGCCCCAGAAUAGUGGACGGAACAGAGGACGCCGGCGGGACGGAAAGUUUGCUGCCGUUCCCUGGCUUCUCUUGCCACCGCGGUUGCCAUGACAACGAUCCCACCAGUGCCUCAGCGUCCACCACAGAAAUGCCACACAUCAGCACGGCGGAAUUAGCGGCAAAAGCGGAGGACACCAGAGGACAACUCCGACAUCUCAACCAACAGGUGCUAAACCUAGGCAGGGAAGUAGCGGAUCUGGGCCAGGUGAUGAAGCGGAUGGCCCAGCUCAUGGAGACCCUGAUGUCAUCCGGGCCCCAAACAACGGUGGCGUGCUCCUCGCACCGCAUUCACUUGCCCCACACUGACCCUCCUCCGUGCUACCCUUGCCCUCCCUCUUCUUCUCAGACUCCCUCCAUCUGGACGGACACGCCCCCCUCGCGGCCCCAAGCCACGUGCCGCGCCGUCUCCCGCGCGCAUACGCCCCGGGAGCCGCAGCUCGGGUACGCCCCCAGGCCCUUUCAAGCGCAACCCUCCUCCAUCAUGGCAGAGGCACGCGUGACUUCCUCGCCUUUCAGCUCACCGGAGACCCACCGAUGCAAAGACGGGUUUUCUACCUCUAUCAGGUCAAGGGUACGCGGUCCACCUCCGCAGGACGGGAGUGGCGUAAACCCUCAGUGGAGCUCCGGGCGCUCCCCUCAGUGUGGACUCAUGCAGAUCUACCAGAACCAAACGAAGAGUUUAUAGCAGGCCUCUCCGUAAACUUUUCUUUUUUUUUUCUGGGAAUGAUCACAUCAUUGGAUGAUAAUAUUUUGCAGGGAGGCAAGGUCACGCUUUGCUUUGGAGACGCGCAAUGAGAAAAUCCACUUGCAUGAAAACAAAUUAGUUGUUAGCAUUAGCCCCUAGCAAUUUAGCGUGUGUAUUACGACAGGGUUGAAAGGUUGAUGGCAAACAAACCAGACCCCUCCCCCCGCACCCCUCUUCUGCCACCCAACUAACCCCUGAGGCACCUUACAAUUUUGAAGCAAUAGACACACGGUCGACUCUUUCUACCCGUGCGAUUUUAUUAUUGGACUCCACGAUUUUAUACCGUUUUCAGGGCCAAAAUGAAGCGGGUGUGCUCCCCGCGCUGUCAAAACGAAGGCUACGAAAGACAAUACCUCUGAGGAACCCUUAACAAGGUGGGAAGUCUUGAAUGGAGGCGGGCAUUUGGUGACAAAAGCCAUCUUCAGCCAACCAACCCUCCUCCCCAACUCUCACUGCUCUUUUCCAAGGACCCCCACCCCCGAUUGGUCCUAAUUAUCCACCGCGUUGGAGGGAUGAGGAACAAGAGGCUGGACAUAUUGUGCGCUUUUACGACUGGUCCUCGGGGAAGGGGGGAGUCGAGUCGGGUGCUGGCUACCGUUGGCCUCGAGCAACUCGAACGGGGGUCUGCUGUCGUCUGUCACACUAAGCAGGCUUUGCCUCUCCCUCUCUGGCUCUUUCCCAAGCUUUCCCCCACUUUCCCAACACCGCCUCUGUCCUCCUUGCUUUCCUUUUCUCUCUCUGCAUGCUUUCCGAGCACUUUUUUGCUGUAGACGCACAUUCACAUACAUAUGCCGCAUGUCCCGACGAGGGGAAACCAGCUCGCCCGUUUUAUCCUUCUAUUGAAAUGAAACACUCUUUUAAUAACCAAACGUGACAUUUACCGUUGCCUCUUUAUUGGAUGUGUGUUGCUUUUUGAAAAAAGCCAGGUCAUUUCAAAGCCUAAAGUCGUCAGAUGCAUCCCUGUUUGUUGGAGCAGACCCAUAAUAAAUUGGUUCACGGUCCACGUCGAAGGCUGCUUCGCUGAUUUCCGAUCAAGGGUUUUGCGGCUACGACGUAUCGUUUUCUCACCGGGGGAAGAACAAAGGCAAUAUUCACGUAGAAAUGCACAAUAUUUAAGACUUUUAUAUUUAUAUGAAUGUAUCAACACCAAAAUAAUGUAUUUUUUUACCUUGAAGAAUGCAAGACUUUAGGAUAGCGGUUCUGUAUUGUACGAGGUAGUGCCGGUUUUGUCGGACGACACAAGCGGGAUCCCGACUCUCCUCCCAGGAGGUUUUCUGUUGCUUUGCAUUCGUGUCCAGUCGGUUAUGUAUGACACUAACCUUGCACAUGGAAUGUACUGGAAUCAAUCGUUUUACCCUCCCUUUUAGAUUUUGAUAUCCGGUACAAGAAUUGCUAUGCUAAUAAAUGACAAACAUGACUGUUAAGUCAGAA